AUGAGGAUGGAGGCCAACGGAACAGAAGGGAAGAACUUCUACAUCCCCAUGUCCAACAGGACUGGGCUUGUACGAAGCCCCUACGAAUACCAGCAGUACUAUCUUGCCGAUCCCAUCAUGUUCAAGAUUUUGGCUGUCUACAUGUUCUUCCUGAUCUGCACCGGAACCCCCAUCAACGCUCUCACGUUGCUGGUCACCUUCCAGAACAAGAAGCUCCAACAACCCCUGAACUUCAUCCUGGUCAACCUGGCUGUGGCUGGUCUCAUCAUGUGCUGCUUCGGCUUCACCAUCACCAUCACAUCUGCCCUCAGCGGCUACUUCAUCCUGGGAGCGACCGCGUGCGCCGUGGAGGGAUUCAUGGCUACGCUAGGAGGUGAAGUAGCUCUGUGGUCCCUGGUGGUCCUGGCUGUGGAGAGAUACAUAGUGGUCUGCAAACCCAUGGGAAGCUUCAAGUUCACCAACACCCACGCCGGUGCCGGAGUUGGUUUCACCUGGAUCAUGGCCUUCGCUUGCGCCGGCCCACCGCUGUUCGGAUGGUCCAGGUACAUCCCAGAGGGCAUGCAGUGCUCCUGUGGACCAGACUACUACACCCUGGCUGAAGGCUACAACAACGAGUCAUACGUCAUCUACAUGUUUACUGUCCACUUCCUCGUUCCAGUCUUCCUCAUCUGCUUCACCUACGGAAGCCUUGUGCUGACCGUCAAAGCUGCUGCAGCCCAACAGCAGGACUCUGCCUCCACCCAGAAGGCUGAGAAGGAAGUGACCCGCAUGUGCAUCCUGAUGGUGGUAGGCUUCCUGGUGGCAUGGGUCCCAUAUGCCUCGCUGGCCGCCUGGAUCUUCUUCAACAGGGGAGCCAGUUUCACUGCCGUCGGCAUGGCCGUCCCUGCCUUCUUUGCAAAGAGCUCAGCGCUGUUCAACGCCGUCAUCUAUGUGCUGUUCAACAAGCAGUUCCGUAACUGCAUGCUCAGCACUAUUGGAAUGGGCGGUGCUGUGGAUGAUGAGUCCUCAGUCUCAAGCAAGACAGAAGUCUCCUCUGUGGCUGCAUAGAGAUCUGCUGUCUCCCACGUAUAAAGACACUUAUGAAUCUCUGGACCCUCUCCUUCUUCAUCCCUUCCUAUUUCUACACCACUCUCUACCUGGACUCAAUCAAGUUCUUCUAUGGACAUUGCCAGUUUUUUGUUUUUUUCCAUCGAUUGACUUUCGCAAUGGUUAAAAAUUCUCUGAUGCGCCAUGGUAACAUGGUCGCAGUGUAUGCCCUGUGUUUGGUUCUGUGAGACAACUUGCAAAGGUUUCUUUCCUCUUUGGAGUUCAGAUGAAGUGUUUGAGUUUGUGUGAUGCAAUGUGUUACUUUUAAAAUCCCAAGGUUACUCUUUAUUCUGUCAAACUAACCCUCAUCACUGGCAACACAUUUUUGUGUGAACGGAUAUGUGGUAUGAUCUACCGGAAGACUUUUUUUUUUCUAUCUGUGAGUCUUUAUGGAUGUGGAUCCAUUGCUGUACAUUUUAUAAAUAUUGAAAGCUAGACAUAGCUAAAUAAA